GCUUAUCUGAGCUCUUCAUCAGUGUCACCUGCCACUUUAGAUUCACCUUCCAUCCCUUUUCCAACAGGUGAGUUGAACUUGGACGGCUGGAGGUGGAGGGUGGGAACCUAUUCGCAAUUUUUUGCGCGUGGAUUUUAAAUAAAACUCCUCUGUAUACCACAUAAAGACAUUGAACACAGAGAAUAAAAAUGUUGCACAUGCAUCUGAUGAUGAAUGCCAAAGUGCAAAGCACAGCAGACGAAACGGCUCAUUCACAUUUGGUGACACCCACAAAACACCAUAAAAGGUAAACCUCACAGGGACCUGAAUGCACAAAAUGAGGACAAAAUGUCAAAUAAAAGGAAGAAAGUGUCAAUCAAAAGAUUUUGAGCAUCUGGAAGGUUUAAAUACUAGAAACAAAUGACAAAAAAGGUAAAAUAGCUAUGAAUUAAGUAAUGUCAGAAUGAUAUCUACACUGUAGCCUGGUGAUCAUAAACACUGAGCACAUCACACAGGGAAACUGCAAUGCCAAUUAUGUGAUUUGAAGCUGAUCAGUUUACUUUAGUAAUUAGUUACAGUAGUCUCUUUCAUGUAAAUGUUCACAAACUCGGGAGCUCUCGUAAAAUAUAUCCAUUUUUCUAAACUAGCAGGAAUAAUCAUGGAAUAUUAAAUUUCUUGUGUGAAUUCAUUUGUAUACAGCUUGAUGUGUGUGAGCCUCAUCUGUUUAAUAAAAUUAUUCCUAUUAACAGAAAUUAUGAGGAUCUCCUUGACACAACCCUGCUCAGUUAUGAAUUUUCAGUUAAAUUAAAUUCUGGUGAAACCACGCAAUAAUUUGGGCAUACUUCACACCAUGCUCUUCACACCCGGUGUUCGAUGUGAAGUGAGUGGAGAGAUUCGGAGUGGAAGCAGUUACAGCAGCUGGUUGGUAUGAGGGUGUGGAGAGGGUGCUGGCUGAGCUCCAGACUCACCUGUCCUCGUGGCCACACCUAAAGGAAUGCGGCAGGUAGCACAGCAAACGGCUGUCAGCAUAACGGCAGCCGAGUUUGCGAAGGGAAGAGUUUAUUUAUCCGGAGCACCGAGCGAAGCACAGGACUCGCUCCUGUCCAUUCAGUGAAGCUUUUAAGGAUUUAAAGGAGUCUUUGGUGAAAGGAAUUCUGACUACUUGUGUGACUGGUGAGAGUGCCUUCCUGUUGUAGAGUGGCUGGGUGUUCAGGAGCUCGCGGAUCGCCUCUGCGUUUUGGAGCACCUUGAAGAGCUUGUGGUGAGCAGAGACGUGGGGCCAGAAUCCGCGCCAUGAGCGGCCAGUAGGGAACCGAGACGCCAGCUUUAGCAGCCACACAGAUGUUUCGGAAAAAAGCUUCAUCCUCCUUGAGAAUGCGGAGAAUAUCAGAAAGGGGUGUAGACCGCGGCCGAAGCUCCUCUUUCCAUGAGGUGGGUGGCUUGCGAGAGCUGGAAAUGAGGGGGGCAGCCUCCGUUUCCGAAGAAACCUCGAGCACUGGCGCAAGCGGCGGAGGCCACACCGUCCUGCAGCGAUUGCUGCAGGAGCAGAUGCGCUAUGGCGAAAAUAGAAACUACCUUGCUUUGCAGCAGCAACAACAGCAGCUGCAGCAGCAACAACAGUCACAGCCUCAGCAGCAGCAACAGCAGCAGCUUCUGGGCCCAGGAGACGAACACUCCAUGGUCCCUCACAUUGCUCGACAGGAGCCACAGGGCCAAGAGCUGCAGGCAGACAGCGGCAUGGAGAAACAGCUGAACCCCCGAGGUGGAGGAGGGAGUGGAGGUGCUGGAUCCCAAGGCCAGAACCCUGAGGACCUGCCUUCAUAUGAGGAAGCCAAGGUGCAGUCACAGUAUUUCCGUGGCCACCAGCCACAGCCACAGCUUGGCCCAACGGUGGGCGCUGCCUUCUAUGUCACCGGUGUCACCAACGCAAAGGUACGUCCUCCGGAGGGUCGUCCCGCAGUACAGCGGCUCGGCGCAGCUAAGGUGCACCAGGACGAUGGCCUAAAGGACCUCAAGCAGGGUCAUGUACGCUCUCUCAGUGAGAGGCUUAUGCAGCUUUCUCUGGCCACCAGCGGUGUUAAAGCCCAUGCACCCGUCACCAGCGCACCACUCUCACCCCAGCUGCCUCAACCACCAGGACCACCAGGGGACUACUACAAACCGGUAGGACCUCAUCGAGGCCCACCCCCAGACUAUCCCUAUAAAGGUCUACACUCACCACCAAAACAGCAGCAGCACCACCAUCCACAGCACCAAGAUCCAGGACAUUACUAUUCAGACCACCGCAGCUCAGCCCAACAGUCCAGAGCCGAUGUCCCUCAUGUGCGCUACCAGCCACCACCCGAGUAUGGCUCUUUCCGCUCCAAUAAAGAGAGCUCACUACACUCCCAGAGGCCCAUCCAUCAACACAGCCCAACAUCCUCGGUCACCUCAAUGGGUUCGCUAUCCCGUGCUCAGUCCUCCACCCUCAGCAGCAUCACGGCUUCUUCUCAUUCUUCUCCGCCCAUGGCCCACCAGGUUGAACCACCCUUCGCAGUGGGGCCACGGAGUCCACAGGGUCCGGGCCCCCAUCAGGGCGAGCCAUACGGCCCAGGUCACCCUGCGCCUCAUCAGCGGCCCCAUGGCUUCCCUCAUGACCCCUAUGGGUCGGCACCUAGGGGCCUUCAUCUGCACCAGCACCAGUUCCAUCCACAGGGACAGCAGCAGCCUGGCCCAGCGCAGCACUACCCACACCCUCACUCACUUCAGGGUGACUCCUAUGCCAUGUUAGCACGUGCCCAACAGAUGGUGGACAUGCUCACUGAAGAGAACCGGCAACUCAAGCAAGAGAUGGAGGUGUGUGUGGAGAAGGUGUCCAAGCUGCAGAAGCUAGAAACUGAGAUCCAACUGGUGUCAGAGGCCUAUGAGAACCUGGCAAAGUCCUCGUCCAAGAGGGAAGCCCUGGAGAAGACCAUGAGGAACAAGCUGGAGCUGGAAGUGCGUAGACUGCAUGACUUCAACAGGGAUUUAAGAGAACGCAUGGAAACAGCCAACAAGCAGCUAGCAGCCAAAGAAUGUGAGGGCACGGAGGACAACCGCAAAACCAUCUCUCAGCUUCUGGCUCAGAACAAAGAGACCCAGCGGGAAAAGGAGAAACUUGAGAUAGAGCUUAACGCGCUGCGCUCCACCAACGAGGACCAGCGCAGGCACAUCGAGAUCCGGGACCAGGCCCUGAACAACGCUCAGGCUAAAGUAGUCAAACUGGAGGAGGAGCUUAAGAAGAAGCAAGUCUACGUGGAGAAGGUGGAGCGGAUGCAGCAGGCUCUGGCUCAGCUACAGGCUGCCUGUGAGAAGAGAGAGCAGUUGGAGCACAGAUUACGCACACGGUUGGAGAGAGAGCUGGAGUCACUCAGGAUGCAACAGAGAACGGGAGGCUCACAGAACUCCACAGGUCCUGAGUACAGCACAACGGCAUUGAUGGAGCACCUGCGUGAGAAGGAGGAGAGGAUUUUAGCUUUGGAGGCUGACAUGACCAAAUGGGAGCAGAAGUACUUAGAGGAGAGCGUCAUGAGACAGUUCGCCCUGGAUGCUGCUGCAUCUGUUGCCACACAAAGAGACACGUCGUCAGCUAUGAUCAGCCACUCACCCAGCAGUAGCUAUGACACCUCGGUGGAGGCGCGCAUUCAGAAGGAAGAGGAGGAGAUUCUCAUGGCUAACCGUCGCUGCCUGGACAUGGAGAGCCGUAUCAAGAACCUCCAUGCACAGAUCAUCGAGAAGGACGCCAUGAUUAAGGUGCUGCACCAACGUUCACGCAAGGAGCCGGGCAGCAAAGUCGACGGUCCGUCCACCAUGCGUCCCUCCAAAUCCCUCAUGUCCAUAGCUACGGGUUCGAGCGGAUUGGGCAGCUCAGGCCUGCUGUCUCACUCGCUGGGUCUCAGUGGCAGCAGCCCGAUUACGGAGGAACGCAAGGAGGACCGCAGCUGGAAGGGCAGCCUGGGUGUGUUACUGGGGCCAGAAUUCAGAGGGGACUCCUUGAGGACCGAGUCCAUUUCGUCAUCUCCGUCUCCGGUGCUGCCGUCCACCCCGAUGCCGGUUGCUACCCACUCGAAGACGGGCAGCCGGGACAGCUGUACGCAGACAGACAAGAGUCAGGAGUCGAGCAAACCCAGCACCCCGGCACUGCAGAGCGUCGCAGCCAAUAACCGCAUCAGCAGCCCCAGUCCGGUCUAUAUCCCUGAUCGUAUCGCAGAUGUUCCAGUGUUCCACAGCAGUACUCUGGAGAGGAGAGCGCCAGUGCAGUCGCAUCAACAGCCGCAGCAACAAUCGCAGCCACCGCCGCAAAAACAGGAGGAUGUAGAUAACGAGAUGGUGGAAAUACUCAUCUGAACCGUGUAACACACACACACACACACACACACACA